AGAACACACGCCAUUCAUUGCACAGGUCCGCUCCAGCUUUGUGAAUUGACAACUCGCAUGACCUAGUUCUCCAACUGAUGGUGUGUGUGUGUGUGUCAACAACGCGGUGUCGGAUGCAGUGAAAUUGUUUCAGUUGUUUUCUUGCAAACUAAAUCUUCACUCUCUCAAACCGUCUCUUGACAUAAUCUCUGGAUUACAUGAAGAUGAAAUAUGCACCCUAAUUUUGCUAGUUGAAAUUAGGUGUUGAUUAUUGAAUGAGUGAAUGAUGUCGUCUGAAGAGGUAGAAGAAGAUUAUGUUGUCAGGUUUCGCGAAGAUGAGGAGAUGGAAUUUUUUAUGGAACUGGCUUUACAUGAGACAGAGCGAUGGAUACAGGCUGUUACCAAGAAAAGUCUGCCCUACCCAGACGACAUGAGAAAGUCAUUGGAAAACGGUGUCUUAUUGUGCGAAUUAUUGAAUUGUCUCAGGCCUGGGACAAUCAAGCGAAUCAACAAGCUUUCCACCCCGUUGGCUGGCAUGGACAAUCUGAACGUGUUUCUCCAAGCUUGUCGGAACCAGUUUGGUCUGGUCGAUACCCAACUCUUUAGUCCAUCUGACCUGGAGGAUCUGUCACAGAGAGCUAUAGCUGAAAGUGGACAGCUGAAAGAUGAGUAUGACAAGAGACUGAGAAAUGUGAUAGUGACAAUCUACUGGCUCGGCAAGGUGACGGCCAAACAAGGUCCACUGCUUGAUUUCAGUGCCUUCUCUGCCCUCAUCCACCAGAAGCACACGAAUCCUGAGAGCGUCCAGUCGUCCACCACAGCAGAUAGCUCCAAGCUCCAACAAUGGGACUGGCCCCAUGGAACACUCAAUGUGUCUGAGAGUUCUUUUGAUUCCUACGAAAAAGAAUCUUGUGAAAGCUUAGACGAACCCGACAUGCCCAUGGCACGAUACAGCAGUGCUAGUGCACUUAACCGCCAGUCGCUUCAGGCCUUCAACUCCAGCUACAGUGAGGAGCGGUACAACAGCACCUACAAGAGCACACCUGACUUAAGUCAAGCCGACAAGAGCACACCUGACUUAAGUCAUGCCGACAAGAGCACACCUGACUUAAGUCAUGCCGGCAGCUCACACAGGAGGUACUCGUCCACUGAUAGCUUGGAUGACUCCCACACCUCAGGGGCUCACUCACGUCAGAGCUCUGACAGUCAAGAAGUCGGCUACCCCACUCGCAGGAAGAGUUCCCAGACAAGCCGUAAGCCUUCAGCCAGUACAGACCCCUUACAGUUUGUCAAGCUGCGUGGUGCCAAAGACUUGGCCCACACUGCAGAAGUGCAGAUGAGGAUCGCAGCAGAGAGCAAGCAAGGUGCAGCGUUGACCCGGGCCAGCGACGAAGAUGCUGAUUGGCAAUCUAACUUGAGCACAUGGAAAAACCGCAGAAAGAGCCAGUCAGAGAAAAGCUAUCUCCUUCAACAAGAGCAGGAAGAAAGUUAUGUUGCUCCUAAAACAUACACACAGAUGAAGGAGGACAGAGAGAAAAGAAAAAGUUUUUACCCCACUGAUGAAGGAGAAGAUGAUGCCUUCACAAGCGAAGCUGUUCCCAGUCUAACUAGUGCUGUCACCAAGGCAAGCCCAGCCUAUAGUGUAGGGGAUGGAGUGGCGGACUGGGCCAAAGAGGAUGGAGACAAGAGCAGUUCCAAAACAGAUGAUCAAAACAAUAACAGUGCCUUGACCCUGCCCUCCUCUAGGUCAAGGCUGAGCCAGAAGCUGCAAGCAUUUGAUGAUGAUGACAAUGAUACAAGUUUUAGCAAAGUCAGCACUUCCUCAUUAAACAAGUAUCAGAGAUUUCCUGAGAAGCUGGGCAAAAGUUCUGCAGAUAAAAGCAAGUCACGCAGUCAACCCUUGGAGGCUCAGGCAGCUUCAGUCAUACGAGAAAAUUAUGCUAGCAGAGAGAGUAGCUCGAGUACAAGAAACAAGUUCCAAGAUUCCUGGAAUAAAAGAGAUUCUGAGACCCACAUUACAACAACUGGCAAUGUGGGCUCCAGGACCCAGAGUAAAAUUGGCAGCAUCAUGAAAACUUUGACGGAAUCAGAAAAUAAGACAGCCCAGCCCAAGCAGGGUUACAAUGAGAAAAUUGAUUUUAGUGACAGAAGGAGCGCAUUCCUUAGAGAGACACAGGAGCCAUACAGUGAGCCAUACAGUGAGCCAUACAGUGAGCCAGACAGUGAGCCAGGCAGUGAGCCAUACAGUGAGCCAGACAGAAAGGAUCCAAACUUGGGCUUACAGAGACAGGAGCCUCAUAGACAUGAGCCAAUCUAUGAUUUACAGAUACAGGAGCCUCAUAGACAUGAGUCAAGCGAUGAGGAAGAGGGCAAUGAAAGCUAUGGAAGUGACCAAAGAGAGAAACAUGACCAUCAGAUGCCAGAUUUAGCUGCAGCCAUUUUGACAUCAAAUCUCUCAACAAACAGCAAUAGUCAGCCCACACACAGCAAUAGUCAGCCCACACACAGCAACAGUCAGCCCACACACAGCAACAGUCAGCCCACACACAGCAACAGUCACAAACUUAAUAAAGCUAUUGAGAAAACCAUUGUGAUAAGUCAGCAUGCAAACAAUGAAAGAGGAUUUGGAUUUUUCCUGACUGGUGGAGCUGACUUAGGGUUACCUAUCACAGUCAGUAAAGUCACAUUAGGCAGUGGAGCUGACUUAAGCGAGUUGAGGCUGAAAGAUGUCAUACUGUCAGUCAAUAAUGUAGAUGUCACAUGUAUGUCAGCGACACAAGUUGGUGACAUUGUGGCUAAAGCUGUCACACUGGGACACAUUCAACUCAAGAUACGACGAGAACAAAAUUUUGAAGAAGAAGAGGAGGAUGAUGAGUUCUCUAGUGAAGAUGAAAGUCUGGAAUCUCAUAGCCCAACUUUUGCUUCGACCAGUAGAGCACAGGCUCCCCCAGUUCCUCCCCCUAUGUUGAGCCCGAUGGAACCUCAGACCAGACUAAGUGUAACAGUCGACAGAAGCCUGGAUUCUAUUGAUGGAACAAUGUCAUCAUCGUCAUCUAAGCCUUCUCCCUCCUCUGCCCCAAUGGCUGAUGAUGACAGUGAUGGCUCAGGGCCCCCAGCUAUCUUGCGCAAAUGGCAGCGACAGCGUCACAAAGAAGAGUACACAUUUGACACGUACGACUCCAACCCUGAAACAUUUAAAAGGAUCAGCCUCAAUGCCUCGCUCACACACCUUGAACUUGACCUUCAGGCUAGAGAUGAAGAGUUUGCAAACAAACACGUCCAGGGCUACAGCGCUAAUAUAGAAGAGAACGCUAAGUCUGUGGCAGAGUCCAGUGAUGUACCUAAUCAGACAAUUCUAACAAUGGAUGAAAUCUACAGCAGACAAGAAGAGAAUGCCAGCCAGUGGUCAGCUGAUAAUGCCCGGCUCCUGGAGGAGAGGAGAGCUGAGAGAAGAGCCAGGAUCCAGCAGUCAGCCGCAGACAUGGUGGCGGAGAAGACAUCCAAAGCUUUGACACCAUCAAAUACUGACACCAAAUACACACCAUCAAAUACUGACACCAAAUACACACCAUCAACUACUGACACCAAAUACACACCAUCAAAUACUGACACCAAAUACACACCAUCAACUACUGACACCAAAUACACACCAUCAAAUACUGACACCAAAUACACACCAUCAAAUACUGACACCAAAUACACACCAUCAAAUUCUGACAACAAAUACACACCAUCAAAUACUGACAACAAAUACACACCAUCAAAUACUGACACCAAAUACACACCAUCAAAUACUGACACCAAAUACACACCAUCAAAUACUGACACCAAAUACACACCAUCAAAUACUGACACCAAAUACACACCAUCAAAUACUGACACCAAAUACACACCAUCAAAUACUGACACCAAAUACACACCAUCAAAUACUGACACCAAAUACACACCAUCAAAUACUGACACCAAAUACACACCAUCAAAUACUGACACCAAAUACACACCAUCAAAUACUGACACCAAAUACACACCAUCACAACGUCCAGGCCCCCACACAUCAACAGGCCCCCACACUCAAGGCCCUAGGCCAUUUGUGAGGUCACGUGACCAGCCACCAGAGGGCCAGCCUGUCAACUACCUGGGAGAGACAGGAAAUAAUGCAGCACCUCUCAAGGAUUUUGCACCUGUUCAAUUUCAGCGGACAGAGCCAAGUACAGAGGCCCUCCUUCAGGCUGAGAGAGAACGUAUUCGAGAGGAGGAGUUGAAAAAAUUGGAGGAGGAACGCAAGAGGCUGGAGAAAGAACAAAGAGAAAGAGAGGAAGCUAAGCUGAGAGAAUUGAGAGAGAGAGAAGAACAGGUCAAAUUGGAAAAGGAGAAGCUAGAGAGAGAGAGAGCAAUAUUCCUUAGAGAACAAGCAGAGUUCAAGAGACUUCAGCAGCAGCUACAUCAACCCGUGCCACAUCCUCGGCCAGAUGGCAGAGAUCACACACCCAAUGGAAGAGUUGAGCAUCAACAGCAAGAGGCAAAGGUUCUAUCAAAGGCUGCACCACAGACAGACUCUAGUGCUAACAGAAGAAGUCAACAUUUCUCUCGGGAUGAAAUGUUAGCAAUGAACAGAACAGCCACUCCAUUACACACUUUGCCUACAGAGUACAAUGGUGGCAGCCCAGUGGAGAGGCGCAGCCCAGUGGAGAGGCGCAGCCCAGUCAUCAGAGAGGCUCCAUCGCGGCUGGAGAUCCAUUCCCUUAACUCUGUGCCCAAAGCCAAGUUGCGAGACUCUGCACAAUGGUUCAGCAGUGCCAACCUAUCAAGUGGCACCCACAAUAUUUCUGGCAGUUCUCACAACUUGAGUAGUUCUCAGCACUUGUCCACUAGUUCUCAGAACUUGUCCACUAGUUCUUAUGUGCCCAGAGUUUCCCAAGCUGUCCAGCGAAAAGACAAGAAAGCUGCAAGUUCUGGCAAAAUGUUCUCCAUGUCAGGAGACCAUUGGCUGAUAGAGGAGGCUGAAAGGCGCAGACUUGCUGAUUCAGCAAAACCUGACAGAAGUUCCCGUGCCAUAUCACCCCAGUUUUCAGGCCCGAUCAAACCAGCCAAUGAGAACAGAUGGCGGGACAACCCCCCAACCCAGAGCUCAAUGCCUAAGGCCAUCCGACAAACUUUACUGGAGAAAACAGCAAAUGUGCGCGGAAGUGACCUUUCAGCUAAUGUUUGGGGCAGUGACCUCUCACACGGUACUCACUCUUCCUCACACUCGCAGCCAGAGCACAACUUUCACAAAGCCUCGCAUCACCAGCAGCCGACACAACAUCACCAGCAGCCAAGUCAACAUCACCAGCAGCCGACACAACAUCACCAGCAGCUGACUCAACAUCACCAUCUGCAGCAGUAUGACCAAGUGCUGCAGCAGCAAGGCUUUUACCCUCAGCAAGACAAGAGGCCAGUUCCUGCACACCCCCCUCCCCCUCCCGCUGAUGGAGGUGUGGCUGUGAGUGGUCUACAGCACUGCUCACACUGCAGUCAAGAAAUAGGUUACGGGACAGCCAUGGGCAUAGAAGCGCUGAACCUGUACUACCACAUCCAAUGUUUUCGCUGCAGCGUGUGUCACGCAUCACUUGGUUCAGGUACACACGGAGCAGAUGUCAGGGUCAAGGCCAACAAACUCCAUUGUCCUAACUGCUACAGCAAUGAUGAAGCUGGUUUAAAAUACAGCCAGGUCUAGCCAUGCGAUGCUCCAGUUGACUAAUUGAAGCACUAGCUGGAAGUUGUCAUCUAACCUUGCCUCAAGAUCAAGCUAAACAUUUGACAUUAUUUUUAGGAUUUUCAUGAAGUUUAAAAUUGACAUGACAUAUCUCUUAUUCACAGACAAAGGGUUAAACUGUCAUUUGAAUUGGAUGCAAUGACAUAUCUCUCAUUUACAGAGGGUUAUAAUGUUUAGUAAGGAAUGUUCAGAUUAAGUCAGCUAAUGUUUCAAAGGUCAACUUUUUACAAUUGUUACAAGUUGAUUUUCUUUUUCUCUUAAAUAUGUAAUACUUCAUUUUGAACAUAUAUGUACUUGAAGAGAAAUAUGUUUUAAAAUUAUUUGGGCUACAUACACACAUAUAUUUACUUUUUCAUAAAGAUAUAUUUUAAUUUUGUAUCACAUAUAAUAAUCAUUUGACAAGAAUAUACACAAGUUAAUUGAGCUUUUAUAUCUUUAUAAGCAUGAACCAAUGUGCCAAUAUACAAGAUUUGUUUUUCACAAAGACUCCAAUCUAUAUGACCAACUUUUGUUACAUAAAAUAUCCAAUUUUUGUUUUACAUUGUAGGCUUACUUGUAAAAACUCAUUGUUUUUGUUUAGUAGGUUUUAAUCAUCAGAUCAUAUUUUUAUACUAAGAUGCCUAAAUUUGAAUCGGUGGAUCAUAAUUUUAUACCAAGUGGCCUUAGUUUAAAUCCUAUUUUUAUACUCAAAUUUUGAAUGUACACAUGGCUGAUAAGAUAAUGUAACCAUCAAUAGUGUGAGACAUUCACUGACAUAAGAUCAACCAAAUUUUACAAUUAUUAAUGCUCAUACUUUCUUACAAAUAGCUACAAGAUGUGCUUUCUGUAAUUAUCUGUAAUUAUCUUUAUCUGAAAUAGCAAAUAAAUUUGUGCUGUCUUGAUGAGAAUUAGGUCACAAAUUUGACAAUUAGCAAACUAGCAUGUGAUUGGCAGAAAAUUGUCAGACUCUCAAAUUAUAAAUUAUUUGUAUAUCAAAGCAUGUAUUGUAUAUAACAAGCUGAUUUCUGCUGUACGCCUUAGAUUAUCUGCAUCUGUGUCUCAAUCAUAUAUGUGCUGAGUCAUCAUUUGGAGGGGUGGGAGGGGGGAGUUAUUAAUCAAUUACACUCCUAGCAGCUAAUCAAAAUCUGGCUUCUGUAAAGGACACUCAUCCAUCUUUUGUAUUGAAGCAUUGGGAUGGUAACGGAUUAACUCAUUAUUCUUGAUGGUGGGAUGGUAAUGGGGUAACUCAUUAUUCUUGAUGGUGGGAUGGUAAUGGGGUAACUCAUUAUUCUUGAUGGUGGGAUGGUAAUGGGGUAACUCAUUAUUCUUAAUAGUGGGAUGGUAAUGGGGUAACUCAUUAUUCUUGAUAGUGGGAUGGUAAUGGGGUAACUCAUUAUUCUUGAUGGUGGGAUGGUAAUGGAGUAACUCAUUAUUCUUGAUGGUGGGAUGGUAAUGGGGUAACUCAUUAUUCUUGAUGGUGGGAUGGUAAUGAGGUAACUCAUUAUUCUUGAUAGUGGGAUGGUAAUGCAUCAUUUUAAAACAUGCUGAUUUGACACAGAGAUACAAUCAAAUCAAGCUAUUUUUAAAUGAUUGUUUUUUAGGAAUUCUCUGAACAAAGCCAACGUUAGUCAAGUUUUCAAAGAAAAUGUUGAUAAACAUUCAGUAUUUCCAAUUGGAGGAUAGUAUCAAUGUUUAGUUUAAUUAAUCAAAUUAUUUUAUAAUACAAGAUGCCUAGUAAUAGCAAAGAUAAUUUUGGCCAUAGCUAACUAAAAAUAUUAGGCUUAACUGAUAUAUUUUUAACAAUGUACACACCCCCCUCCAAAACAAUUUUUUGAAGGGCUUUCCCCCCCCCCCCCCCUGGAGUAAAUAGUCUGGAAGAAACAAUGCUUUCCCAAGGCUAGAAUUAAAAUCAUACUUUUCCUAGGCUUAAAUUAAAAUCAUACUUUCCCUAGGUUUAAAUUAAUAAUAGAAUUAAAAGCAGGCUUUUCCUAGGUUUAAAUUAAAUUCAUACUUUUCCUAGGUUUAAAUUAAAAUCAUACUUUCCCUAAGCUAGAAUUAACAGCAGGCUUUCCCCUACUUAAAAUAGUUUUGGAAACCUGAUAGGCCUCAGGCCUCAUGUGUUCAAAAGUCAAAAUUAAAUGUAUUUGUUUAUUUGCAUGUCUGCAUUUAUUUUAUCUUUCGAUAUAUUUUUUUUCUAUUUAGUCUGCAGUGAUCUAAUACUGAGUAGCCAAACUUGGAGUAGUAUACUAGCACACCUAGAUCUUUCUUAAUCCUAAUUAAAACUCUACAGGCAUAUAAAAAAAACAUGAAACUUAAGUCAAGUUUAAGUGUAGGCUAUAGGUCUAUUGUGUUGUAGAAAAUAGAAGUAGGUUUAAGUCAAGUUUAAGUGUAGGCUGUAGGUCUAUUGUGUUGUAGAAAAUAGAAGUAGGUUUAUUCUCUUGUAAUCUGACGUACUGGUCUACUUUUAAACAUUAAAGAAGCCUAAUUUAGGACCCUAAUACAUUUUGGCAAACUUUUACAAAAUUUAUUGUUGUGUGGCCUAAUUUGGCUUCUUAUUUGGCCCUAAAACCAGUGGCCUAAUUCGGCUGGUUAUUUGACCCUAUCACAUUGUUUUCAGUUUUCAGACGUAAAAUUCAAUGCAGCUGACCCGUUCUAAAAAUAAGAAGUUGCUAUCAUUAUUGUUAAAAUAGUUUACAACCAUAGCAUAGAAAUAAUCCUUAAUAUUGUGCGAUUGACUUUUAAAAGUAGGCCAUUCAAAUAAUCUAUGUUUUUAUUACUGUUCACUUCAUUGUUGAAUUGGGGGGGGGGGGGGGGUAGAUAUAGCCCACAUACAUAGCAUAUGCAUUAAUACAUAUAGUUGGGAAUGUCGCAGGGGCCCUCCCUGUAGUUCUACAUUAUAAAAUCCGCCUAUAGCAAUACAUAUCGCGGUUUAGAAGGAAUAGCUUUUAUUAUAAGAAAAUUAAAUGAAUUAAACAUUUUUUU